CGACUCAUUUGGCGAGCAACGCUGUGCUGUCUUCCGAAUUAAAAAUCAGGUUCAAGUGCUUCUUCUACCUCGACAACAUUCUUGAUCGAAGCGGACCUCAUGCAGCUCAUGUUCUCACUCGGACCGCCAUUAACGUAGGUUGACUACGUCCCCCCUCUUCCUCCUCCAUACCACCACUUGCUCGAUCCUAAGCGCCGUGGGAAAACGAUGGAUCCGUGCUUGCCGACUCCAGCCGCCAUUACUACUUUUAACUGACGUUGAAAUUUCGGGUUCGGGUAGAAGCAUUCCGACGUAGAGACCAUGCAGCGUUCAUGGCUAUUUAUUGGUUUCAGCGUCUGUCACCACCGCACUGCCUCACGGUUAGUUGUUGAGCUUUCAUGGCUUCCCCUUCGAGCGUGCCCAGAUGGACUCCAAGUCCAAGCCCAGGCCGGCCGCGAGCCACCGACGAUGGCUCCGGCGGCGACGUUGUCAUCUUUCCGUUCGGUGACAUUCCCACUCCACCACCUCUGGUGAACCGGAGUCCUCGUCACGACGUCCAGCACGUAACAGAGGAGGUAGGAAACGGAAGCCUUGUGGGCCACGGGGUUUUCCGUGACGCCGGCAAGAGCAAACAAGGCGUUUUCCUCACCUGGGAAGAUCUGUGGGUAUCGGCGUCGGAUCGCAAAGGGAGGCGUGCUUCGAUCCUUCGUGGGAUCACUGGGUACGCCCGUCCUGGCGAGGUCUUGGCCAUAAUGGGACCUUCCGGUUGCGGCAAGUCCACCCUUCUCGAUGCAUUAGCAGGACGAUUGGGAUCUGGAGUGAGUCAAAAAGGAGAAAUCUUGAUCAAUGCCCAGAAGCAGAAACUCGCCUUCGGGGCCUCGGUACAGAGCUUUAAUCGAAGCCUUAUGUUCUUUGUUCUUCCAUCUCAGUUCUUAGACCAUUCCGGUGAAGUGCUGUUCCUCCCUCAGGCUUAUGUCACCCAAGAAGAUGUGCUCAUGACCACGCUAACGGUACGAGAGGCCGUGUACUACUCCGCGCAGCUGCAGCUGCCGGACUCCAUGACGAGGUCCGAGAAGAGGGAGAGAGCGGAGGCGACGAUGCGGGAGAUGGGGCUGGAAGACGCCGGGGACACGAGAAUCGGAGGAUGGGCCUUCAAGGGCAUCAGCGGCGGCCAGAAGAGGAGAGUCAGCAUCUGCAUCGAGCUCCUGACGCGCCCUCAGCUGCUGUACCUCGACGAGCCCACGAGCGGGCUCGAUAGCGCUGCGUCGUACCAUGUCAUGAGCCGCAUCGCGAGGCUCGCUCGACGCGAGAUUAUGACGGUGGUGGCGGCCGUUCACCAGCCGAGCUGCGAGGUGUUCGACCUCUUCCAUGGCCUCUGCCUCCUGGCCUACGGCGAGACCGUCUUCUUCGGCCCAGCUUCCACUGCUAAUGAGUUCUUUGCUGUGCACGCCUUCCCCUGUCCUCCGCUGACAAAUCCUUCCGAUCACUAUCUUAGGACGAUCAACAAAGAUUUCGACACGGAUCUCGAACAAGAUCCUGAGUCAAGAACCAGCACUGCCGAAGCAAUCGAGAUCCUCGUGAAGUCUUACAGCUCUUCGGAUACCCUGCAGCGUGUCACACGAGAAAUAGCAGGGAUACAUGAUUUGGUAAUCGAGAUGUUGAUUAAACCUGGUUCAUGUCCGAUUUGCAGAGCAUGUGAUCUCCAUGGCUUUUGCUUGCAGGGAGGAGCCUCGGUGAAGAGGAGGAACCAAGCGAGCUUCCUCGUUCAAACGCUUGUGCUCACGAGACGAUCCUUCGUGAACAUGUACAGGGACUUGGGCUACUACUGGCGGCGAUUUGCCAUCUACAUCGCGCUUUGCCUCUGCGUGGGCACAAUUUACUUUGAUGUUGGCCACGGUUUUGGCUCGAUUCAAGCGAGAGGGUCCAUGCUCAUGUUCACAGCUGCUUUCCUAACAUUCAUGGCAAUUGGAGGCUUCCCCUCUUUCGUAGAAGACAUGAAGAUCUUUGGAAGAGAAAGACUGAACGGGCACUACGGCGUGACUGCCUUCACCGUUGCGAACACGCUCUCCGCCACCCCGUACUUGGCUCUCAUCUCCGUGAUCCCAGGGGCCAUGGCCUACUACUUGGUCGGCCUGCAGAGGGGGGCGGACCACUUCAUCUACUUCGCUCUCGUGCUGUUCAUGUGCAUGAUGCUGGUGGAGGGGCUGAUGAUGAUGGUGGCGAGCGUCGUCCCGGACUUCCUCAUGGGCAUUAUUACCGGAGCAGGAAUCCAAGGGGUAAUGAUGCUCAACGGGGGCUUCUUCCGGCUGCCCCGCGACCUGCCCGGCCCGGUGUGGCGCUACCCCAUGUACUACGUUGCCUUCCACAAGUACGCCAACCAGGGGUUCUACAAGAACGAGUUCUUGGGGUUGACCUUUCCCAAUGAGCAAGCCAGAGGGCCGCCCACCGUCACCGGAGAAGAGAUCUUGAGAGACAUUUGGCAAGUCGAGAUGGGCUACUCCAAGUGGAUCGAUCUUGCCAUCUUGCUUGGCAUGGUUGUGCUCUACAGGUUAAUGUUCUUAGUCACCCUGAAGAUUCUGGAGACGGUCAAAUCCAUGGCUUGACCUUCAAAA